AUGUCGAUUCCAGCCAAGGCAAGGGUCUUUCAGUGCAAAUUAAAAAUACGAGAAGCUUUCCAGAAUCUUCUAACCGUGGGGAAGCCUGAAGAAUCUAUGUUUGAUUCAGAAGGAAAUGUAUCUUGUGAUAAUGUUCCUAUUAUAGGCAAGAAAGUUUUUCCUGAGGUAGCUAUAGUGGGACGUGAGCUAAUCCAAAAUGAUGUACAUGAUCUUCCAUCAGACAAUUCAGCAGAAGAACAUGUGAAGGAGAAAGACAAUGUUGAUGACCUUGCAUUACUUUCUGAGGACUCCGAGGAUGAUGACUAUUAUCCAGAAGAUCCUCAUUUGCAUAAAGAUAUCAAAGAGAAGAAAGAUGAGUCAGACUUCAUAUCAUACUUAAAAAGGACAAUGGGAAAGAAAGUGAAGCAUGUUAUCAUGCGCCAGAUGAAUGAAUUCACUCUGCAAACUAUAGGACAGAAGAGGCACUAUGGGCCAACAAUUAAUCAGCAUGCGGUCAGGCACAUCCCUUGGGAAGCUUGUGCAGAGCUGAUCUGCAGAAUUUCAUCAUAUCAGAAGAAAGUUUUUCCUGAGGCUGCUCCCGUGGGACGCAAGCCAAUGCAAAAUGAUGUGCAUGAUCUUCCAUCGGACAAUUCAGAAGACGAUGACUUCGACCCCAAUAUAUCCGAAGAAGAUGUGGCUGAUCAUGUGGUAGAACAUGUGAAAGAGAAAGACAAUGUUGAUGACCUUGGAUUACUCUCUGAGGACUCCGAUGAUGAUGACUAUUAUCCAGAAGAUCCUGAUUCAGAUAAAGAUAUCAAAGAGAAGAAAGAUGAGUCAAACUUCACAAUGGACUUUGAAAGGGACAAUGGGAUCAUCAAAAGAGGAUGGGGUGAAGGUUUAGACUCCGACGACUCAAAUUACAUAACUUCUUCUGACAAUAAUUCAGAAAAUGUGAAUGAGAAAGACAAUGUUGAUGACCUUGGAUUACUUUGUGAGGGCUCCGAGGAUGAUGACUAUUACCCAGAAGAUCCUGAUUCAGAUAAAGAUAUCAAAGAGAAGAAAGAUGAGUCGAACUUCCCAUCGGACUCUAAAAGGGACAAUGGGAAGGAAAGUGAAGUAGGUUCUAUCGUGCACUAG